AUGUCUCUGGAGGAGUCUUUCGUUAUAACCCCAGAGGACAGUAGGGUUUUGGUCCUGAAUGUUUCCAGAGCGAUUUGGGACUCCACAGGAGAGCCGCACCAGUACAACGUCUGGCUCCCUGGAAUCGGAAUCGCCGCCAUCUACGGAGUUAUCAUUAUCGUGGGUCUCGUGGGAAAUGUCACUUUAAUGAAGACAUGUCUGUCGGUGAAGUCCAUGCGGACAGUGCCAAACUUGUUCCUAUCCAGUCUGGCUCUGGGGGACCUGCUGCUGCUGGUGACCUGCGCCCCAGUGGACGCCAGCCGCUACCUGGUGGACGAGUGGCUCUUCGGCCGCGUUGGAUGCAAACUGAUCCCGUUCAUCCAGCUCACCUCGGUGGGAGUCUCCGUGUUCACCCUCACUGCUCUCUCCGCUGACCGGUACAAAGCUAUAGUAAAACCGCUGAACAUUGACAGGUCCAGCGCUAGACUCAGCAUCUGUUUACGAGUGGGGGUGAUCUGGCUGCUCUCUGUGACUCUGGCGAUUCCUGAAGCCGUCUUCUCCGACCUGCACACCUUCACCACCAGCCAUACCAAUGAAACAUUUGUGACCUGUGCGCCCUACCCCCACGCUGGGGAACUGCACCCAAAAAUCCACUCCACUGCCUCCUUCCUCAUCUUCUACAUCAUACCACUCUUCAUCAUAUGUAUCUACUACUGCUUCAUCGCUCGCAGUCUGGUCAGGAGCUCUGUGGACAUCCCUGCUGAAGGACACCUGCACCUCCAGAGACAGAUCAAGUCCAGAAAACGACUGGCCAAAACUGUGCUCGUGUUUGUCGGCUUGUUUGCUGUCUGUUGGCUGCCCAGUCAUGUGAUCUACCUGUACCGCUCCUAUCACUACGACCAGGUUGACACAUCGCUGGGCCACUUCCUCGCAAGCGUGUGUGCUCGCAUUUUGGCCUUCACCAACUCCUGUGUGAACCCAUUUGCCCUCUACCUGAUGAGCAAAAGCUUCAGCAAACACUUCAACAAGCAGCUCCUGUGCUGCACUUCUCCCAGACGGUUGUACAGUCAGAACAGUGGGAGUACAAACAUAACCACGGUCUGAAAGCACGUGUGUUUCCAUGAACUUCA